GCCGCAUCAACGCGCGAUCUGAGGCAUUCGGAUUGCUUGUAGGAAAGUACAAUCUUGCCAUGCCGAAACACGGACCCACCCCGGAGGAGGUAUCAGAACCGCCCUCCAAGCGUGCGAAGUCAGACUCUGCACCAUCCGCAUCACAAGGCGCUACAUUGGAGUCCGCAACCUCCGUCCAAAUUCCUUCUUUGCAUGCCAAUACCAAAUGGACACUCGCUACCAUCCAGAGAAUGCGGCCACCGCUCCCCGACAUUCUGGACCCGGCACUCAAAAAGGCGGCGCUCACACACCCUGGUAAAGCUAACAACGACCCUGUUGCAAGUUAUGAGAGGCUGGAGUGGAUUGGCGACGCUUAUCUUGAGCUCAUCGCCUCCUCCUUCAUAUAUCAAACUUUCCCGACCUUGCCGGCUGGCAAAAGCGCACAACGUCGCGAGAUGCUUAUCCGCAACACCACACUAGGCGAAUUCUCGGUCUAUUACGGCUUGGACAAGAUGGCCGAUAUCCCGGAAGAAUUCAACAUGGAGGGCAGAGUGGGCGGUACAAACGCAAGUCAAAAAGUCAGAAUUAAGAUUCUCGGAGACCUUUUCGAAGCCUAUGUAGGAGGCGUGAUUCUUUCUGAUCCUGCCAAUGGGAUUCAGCGUGCUUCAGACUGGCUCAAGGCCCUAUGGGGCCCUCUCAUGGCGGAGUACAUCCGCGAGGAAGAGAAGAAGGCCAGGAAGCCGGAGCAAAAGCAAUCCGCAAGUGGCCAGACACUCGACCCAAAGACAGUACUCGAAGCUACCAUUGGAGCCAGGGGUGUCAAGAUCGAGUAUAAAGAUCUCCCUUCCAAAAACCUGAAGGACAGGGGAACCAAGCUGCCUCUUUUCGCUAUUGGCUGUUUUAUGACAGGCUGGGGGGAGACCAACCUGCAACUUGGGCACGGAAGUGCUUUGAGCAAGAAGGAAGCUGGUCAGAAAGCAGCUCAAAUGGCCUUGGAUAACAAGAAGCUGCUCAAGAAGUUUGCGGACAAGAAGGCGGAGAUGAAGGCCGCGCGGGAAGCCCAGCUGCAGCAGGCAGGAGUGACGUUCCCCUUGAAGGAUCAGCCUUCGGCACAGGAAACCACUGGCGGCGUGCUGUAGCGACCAAGUACUGUUCGGUCUCAUAUGCCCCUGAUCUUUAAUACUUCGACACACCAACCAUCACAUGCCCGUAGUCUCGUGGUUUACCUCGGGCGUCGGCCAUGAGAAGGACGCAUAGCAGAUGAAUUAGGCCAUUCAUUACUACGGGUAAACGACCCGGGUUCAAGGGAGGACCAGGGACCGUUUCGUUUGCACAUACGAAGAGAAACCACAACGAACAAGCUGUGGCCAAAGUCGAUGAUGAACCAUCUUGUUCAUCCACAGGUCUCACAAACCACUAUGCUUUGACAACCCCGACUCCAAGGACAAAGAAAGACAUAGAAGAUGGGGACCUCAAGUUUCUGUACGGUAAUCAUGAAGCGCUCGACCAAUCAUUAACAUCUUCUCGGUGCACCCCAAGUGCGCUUACUGCGGCCAAGCUAUCAAGCCGGCUCCGUCCAGGGGAGACCCGAUCCCACCUUGCCCACUCCGGGGUGCGCCGAAAAGAUGGGGAAGUGGAGAUCCGAUCAGGCCUUAACGAGUCGCGUGCCGAGGCAUCCCAAAUAGCGGAGAGCUGUACCACCUGCCCAUGAAACAUCG